AUGACGGGUGGACUCUGUGUGGGCCCAAAAGUCUUCGUCACCGGCACAACUGGCCUCAUCGGCGGCGACUUUUUGGUCGUUGCCACGGCUCAGCAUCCCGACUGGGAAAUUUCCGUACUUGUCAGAAGCCUCGAGAAGGCUCGAAUCAUUACCACUCUGUUCCCGGGCGUCCGGGUCAUUCACGGGUCCCUUGAUGACCUAGACAUCCUUGAAAGAGAAAGCCACGAGGCCGAUGUGGCUCUGAACUUCGCCAACUGCGACCACCUGCCGGCAGCCAAAGCGACCAUCCGCGGGCUGUCGCAGCGGGAGCAGGUUGGCACUGUGAUUCACACGUCCGGAGCAAAGAUCAUCGCGUGGGAGAUGGAGUCCCAGCCGUCCACCUGGGACAAGUUCAUGCCUCGUCGCUACAACGAUAUGGAAGGCGUUGAAGAACUCACCCGAGGCCCAUCUGCCUCGAGCCCGGAGCCAACUGGGUACGACCACGUCCUGCCCAAUUGGGCCGCCCAUCGAGACGUGGACCUGGUCAUCCUGGAUGGUUUUCGCGAGCAUAGGAAUGUUCAAACGGCCAUUGUGUGUCCGCCGACUGUAUACGGUCCCUCGCGAUUCCCGGGGUUCGCGCGGUCGAUCCAGAUUCCUCGUCUGCUUAACGUGGUGCUGCAGCUUCGUCGGGCGUUCACGAUCAACGGGAACCAGAAUCGCUGGAACAUGGUUCAUACCCAGGAUAUCUCUCUGCUGUGUGUGCUGUUGACCGAGGCUGCGGUAAACCAGCAGAAGAACGGGUUAUGGAACGAGAAGGGGUAUUACUUUGCGGAAAGAGGCGAGUUUGUCGGGGGUGAUGUUAUCAAACACAUUGCGACCCUCGGUUACCAAAAGGGUCUUCUUGAUUCUGAAGACCCGGUCGAGCUGCCAAAUGAGGCUGUGCACCGCUUUUGGGGCGGCGGUCAGGUCAAUGUAAGCUCAACUAGCCUUGGAGAGGCUCGUCAGGCUAAGGAACUGUUGGGUUGGAAUCCGGUAAGAGAAGGGUUUAUAGCCGAUAUUGAACAGGCCAUGGACGUAGAAGCAGAGCUCCUCAAAGAACAGUCGAGGAGAUGA